AUGUUCUUUGUGGUGAACGCGAAUAAUAAGAUUCACUCUGUGCGAGAAUCAGAAGCCCAUCCAGUGAACAGCGAAGUGGUGAUACGCCUUGCUCAUCAAAUAAGCAAAAACUACUCCGUGUCGGCUCCUCUGUAUUGGCAACAAGCUAGACAUGUUGUAAUAUUAUGCCAUCAUUUGUUUCUCGCAGGAGAUCCAUCGCGCCCGUUCCCUACAGAACCCGAAUUCCGAGCGUCUGCACUAGCUGCACCAAGGACAAACCCACCAGUCGUACCGCCUACCUUCAGUCUUCUUCGCCAGCAACAUGUUGCACCGGGUGGAAUGGGGCGAGUUUCCUCACCAAUGGCGGGAAUGCCGCAGAUUCCGAUGCAAGGAAAGCGUAUUACUACCAACCAUUUCAAGUUCGUGGCGAGGGUUGGCCCUCCACUGCCAAUGCCUGAAAAUAAGAAAUUUAUUGGUCUCAGCCUUCAUCCUGUAUAUGGUGGACAUUUUGCAUUCCGUUCAGUCUUCAUAUUCCCGAACCUGCGCUUUUCGAGUUUCCGCGCUCCAGAGCCGUUAUCGAUUCUCCACUCAACCGAGGAAAUUCGUGAUGCGCUAGAAAGAUUUAAUUACAAUUGGAAGAAUUCCGGAUUUCGAGACUUUGGCGGACCACGUAAACGCUAUUCUGUCACGCAAAUGGAGUUUUUUGGGCUGCCGCCAGCUGAAAGAUGGUCAGUUCUGAAGCAGUGGUGUGAAGAGUGA